ACAGAUAUUUGACAGUGUAUUUGUAGAGUAGAUAAUAUCAAAUGUGUAAAUAAACACAGCAGAUAAAUUUGUGAUUGUUUAUUAGAAAAUUUCAUCCGAAAUGGGUGCAAUAACUAGUAGACAACACGCUGGCGUCGAGGAAGUGGACAUAUCAUCAAAUCAUGCAUAUAAAUAUCCACCUCGUUCCGGUAACUAUUUUGGAAGUCAUUUCAUUAUGGGUGGAGAAAGGUUCGAUACACCUCAACCGGAGUCAUACUUAUUCGGUGAAAACUCAGAUUUGAACUUUCUAGGCAGUAGACCGACACCGUUUCCAUAUCCACCCCCUCAACCGAAUGAACCUACAAAGACACUAAAAUGUUUGGUGAACAUUCGUAAGGAGUCGCUACGAUUUGUAAGGGCACCGCCCAUAGAUUUCGGGAAAGUUAGAGCAGAUGGUGAUCAUAGGGAUGGCGAGUUGGGCAAGGGAUCACCUUUUAACAUUGAAUUCACUUUCGAUUGCGAUGUGAGAUGCGCAAUUACUGUUUAUUAUUUUUGUACUGAGGAAAUUACAUCAAACUGUGUUACUUACAUUCCAAAGGAUCCAACCAUAAGUUCUGAAACAUUCCGCUAUAAACGAGGUGCCAAUCAACAGUUUUGCCAAAUCGGUCACGUGUUUGAACCUUCUCGUUUCUCUGAAGAUGAAUUAUUAUAUGAUAUUGACAGGGAAAUGAUUCCGGUUGCGAUUCAUUGUGUUGCCGAAGAAGGACCGGAAGGUGAUAUGAGACAAUCACAUACGACUAUUGCUACAAUAGAAAAAAGUGCGGAUGGAAGUUAUGUACUGAAAGCGUUGAAACAGAAGUUGUUCGUUGACGGUUUGUGUUAUUUAUUGCAAGAAAUAUAUGGCAUUGAAAACAAAAAUAAUGAUAAGCCAUCAGGUGAUGACGAUACCGAUGACAAUGGAUCUGAAUGCGUUAUUUGCAUGUGCGACGUGCGCGACACUUUGAUACUGCCAUGUAGACAUCUCUGCCUAUGCAAUUCUUGCGCAGAGUCCUUAAGAUACCAAGCGAAUAACUGCCCAAUCUGUAGAGCUCCAUUUCGAGCACUAUUGCAAAUUCGAGCUCUGCAAAAAUCUGCAAAUGCAAUUCAACCCGUCAGCCCACCCGAUGGCAGUUGUGAUAACAUUCCCCCCGGUUACGAGGCUGUGUCAUUGAUCGAAGCACUGAACGGUCCCGUAAUACCGCGACAGCCUCCUGCUGCCAUUCCCGACCUUGUGGAGACGCCCGAUAACGAACCUGCAAUACAGGCGGCGCAAAUAUUAAAUCGCCAUAUAGCAGAAAGGACGCCUAUUAAAUCCGGAAAAGAUGUGGACCCAUCAACACCGGAGUUCGGAAUGUCCGUCUUGCUUUCGCGCGAAGAAGAUAACAAAGAAACGCCUAAAAGUCCUUUGUUAGCUUCCGCAUGUGGAAGUCCCAAAACCGGAAAAGCCAAGAAAGAUAUUGUCAGGCAUGUGAACGAAAAGUCCGAUAAGGAGGAAAUACAAGAUGAUGAUAGCGAGGCAGAGAGAAUGUCACCUUUGUUGCAGAAUAGCGACACAGCUUGUCGCAAUAAUCAUCUGGCGUUAAAUAUGGAUGAUGUCGUAGAGCCCAUUGAUGACACUGACACUGAACACGAAGAGCAAAUUCAUUCAAAUAUAAAGGAGAAGAGUAAGAAAACACUACGAAGUGGCGAAGAAAAGGAACGAGGCGACGACUCAGACUAUUACACACCAGAGGAGCCAGGUCCUAUUCACUCCGGUCCCCUGUACGAACAUUCAGUAUCUUCAAAUUCGGCCGGUUCAAUGGAAAGUACCCCACAAAAGUUACCCGGCACUCCUCUAUCACAUGCAAGUAUUCGAAGUAGUGGAGACAGUUAUACUAGUGGAUCGAGUACACGUCGACUGUUAGUGGCAGAAACUGCCAAUGCUGCUAUCGAGAGAGCUAUCAACAUUUAAAUGUAGUUUGGUAUUAAGUUAUUAAUUGGGUGAGGUUAGGUGGCGGGCGCGUCAAAAUUUUAUUUAUAAUUUUAAGAAUAUGAUGACUUAAAAUUAAUUGUUAUAACUAGUCAAUUGAUUAGGUCUGAAUUUAGAAUCUAUUUUAAUUGUGCAUUUCAAGUUUACUUUAAGUAAGACUAAGAACGUUAAUUGUAAUUAUUACAUUCUCUAUAUUAAAUUGGUCAUAUUGGAA